AGUAUUUCUCGAGGUGCAGCGGAUUUCCCCGGGGACGAAGACGGUUUCCUUUCGUUUGAUACCAUUAUCAGAAGCCAGGCAGCAAAAUGACCUUGGCAGAGUUUUACGGGUGCAGCUUUCUGGCUUUCGGUCCGCCUGCGGCAAUGUUUGCCCUCACGAUUGCCCACGAUCCCAUACGGAUCAUCAUCCUGAUAGCUGCCUCCUUUUUCUGGCUCGUUUCGCUUUUACUCUCUUCGAUCGUUUGGUUUGCUACGUAUCCAUUUGAUUCCCGGCAAAUCCUCGCUUUACUGUGUUCUGUGUUGAUCCAGGAAACAUUCCGGUUUCUAAUGUACAAGGUGCUCCGCAAAACGGAAAACGGACUCCAGGAGGUGACGGAUAUUGUGCGGAUCGCCGACUAUCGGCACAUUCUCUCGUACGCUACAGGGCUCGGAUUUGGCAUCAUCAGCGGGGCUUUCUCGCUCGUCAACAUUCUGGCCGACUCGGUCGGUCCGGCCACGGUUGGACUGAGGGCUGGUUCGGAUGUGUUCAUGCUCGUCAGUGCGGCCCAAUCGUUGGCUAUGAUUCUGCUCCAUACUUUCUGGGGAGUCAUAUUUUUCCAUUCGCUCGAUGUUAAGAACUACAAGUAUACGGCAUACGUUGUCGCUAGUCAUUUGUUCGUCUCGGCCAUUACAUUACUGAACGCCCUUCAGCAGUUUGCGGUGACGCUGACGAUUUCUUACCUAGUACUGGCCGUCACUGCAGUAAUGGCAUUCCACGUCGUCGGAGGAACGUUAGCGUCCUUCCAGAAGUUCAUUACCUGCAAGUGAGCGUAUUCCCUUUAUGCAUUAAGUAUUUAAUCCAUACAUCUCUAUACACCUUAACUCCCAAAGCAUUUCUCAUUUAUCCAGGGAAAUUUGAUCAAACACUUAACCAUUUCUUUCGAUGAACAAAAUAUAUCAAAUCGUGAAUGUUUUU